AUGGCAUCCCUAGACUUUCCGACUUAUGGUAGUCUAUACUUCUCAGAUGCGCCGAUAGACUCGAACAUGAAGGUUCCCUUCGAGCAGGGCUUCUGUAUUGGGCCGAAUUGCAGUCCGGUUUUCUGGAACCGGAAUCCGGGGGAACUUGAACUCUACGGUGGUCCAAGUCCCAACUGUGGUCCCUGCUUGAUAGAGACCGGCUUCUCGCGUUUACCGAAGGAACCCGUCACCCACGAGCUUCUCCCUCAUCAAGUGUCCGUUCAAGAUCACAUCCGUUUAUUGAAAAUCAGCCAAGAAGUGAUGCAGAGGUUGGUUGAGGAUAAACGCAUCCAGGACGCUGCUACUCCAACUCUGCUUCACCCCGAUUUUCACAUGAGGAAUAUCUUUGUGUCAGCCGAGGAACCAACUCUCAUUACUGGCCUGAUUGACUGGCAAUCAACAAGCAUUGAGCCUGCAUUUAUUUACGCCAACGAGACGCCUGAUUUCGCUGCACUUCCCGAGGAACUGGGGGAAGGCACGUUCGAGAGCGGACACUCCGAACAAAAGACUCCUGGCUGCAAGGAACGAGAGUGGAAAGAUGCAUUGAUCUGUUAUCAGACAUACGAUGUGUGCAUGAAGGGACUUGCACCCAAGUUACGCCCUGCAAGACUACUUGACCCGUCUUUGUUUCGGCUCUUCCAAUACUGUCACACAACAUGGAGGGACAGUGCCGCAGCACUCCACCAAGAGUUAAUUGAGCUUUCAGCUCGCUGGASAGAACUAGGGCUACAGGGAGUUUGUCCGUUUUCUCCAACUGAAAAGGAGGUGAAAGAGCACGCUCGGGAGUAUGAAGAUUUUGAGACCUUCCAAAAACUUAAAUUAUGGCUAAAACACUGCCUCCAUACGAACUCCGACGGGUGGGUUCCGAAUGAUAAAUGGGACGCUGCGAGAGAUGCUCAUCGCGCAGCGUAUGACCAGUGGAUGCAGACGGCCAGAGAAUCUGAGUCUCGUGGCGAGGGUCUGACGGUAGCAAAAGCGGACAAACUGUGGCCAUUUGAUGCUAGAUAA